CAGUGGGGCUGGGAACCCACCCGUGGGAGCCAUCAGGCCCAGGACCUGCCUCCAGCCCUGGCUGACAUCUUCCCGCAGCCCAGGCAGCCCCCAGCACCCCUCCAGGAGCCAUGGCCCAGCCAGGCAGCGAGCCGGGGUCCCCGCCGGUGGCACCCACAUCCCCCGAGCUGGAGUGCCAGAUCUGCUACAGCCGCUUCGACGCCCGCACCCGCAGGCCCAAACUGCUCCACUGUGGCCAUCGCGUCUGCACCCGCUGCCUGCGCAGGAUGGUGUCUCCGGGGGACGCAUCAACCCCCCAGCUUCGCUGUCCCUUCUGCCGCCAGCACAGCCCGGUGCCCGGCGGGGACGUGCAGCAGCUGCAGGAUGAUGGUGAGGCCCUGGCGCUGCUGACAGGCCGCGAACGGGCCAAGAAGCGAGGUCCCCCCCGAUCCCCUGAGGUCCUCCUUUGCCCUGGCGUGCUGGAGCCCGCCCCCAGCCCCGACUGCCUGGUUGUCACCAUCCUGGAGGUGCCGGAGGACGUGACCCCGCCGGAGAGCCUGGGCAGGCUGGAGGUGGUGCGGCUGUACCGCUCCACCAGCCUGGGUGCACUGCCCUGCCACAGCCCUGGGCAGAAGUGCCGCUCCUGGGGGUGGCGAGCCGUCCCCCGCUUCAUCCUGGGCGUCCUCUGCCUCCUUUACUUCAGCUCCCUGCCCUUCGGCAUCUACCUCCUGCUCAUUGAGCACCACAGCCUGGGCAUCAUCCUGGUCAGCCUCGUGCCCUCCACCCUCCUACUCUGCAUUGUCUACAGCCUCUGCCAGUGCCUAUGCCUGGAGGUCUUUGGGUUCCCCCACUCCUGACCCUGCCAGGCCAACCCCUGUACCUGUGUUGAGGAGGGUUUGGGUUCCUUGGAGUGUCUUCCCUCGGGGUACAGGUGUUCCCUGAUCCACAGCAUGCUCUGCCUGGACCAUGGGGAGAAGCUCAGUGCCUGGUGCCUUCCUGUGCAGAACAGCACUGGAAUUUCCAUGUGGGAGCCCACACCUGAGUGGCUGCAGGAGCUCAUUUCAACCUACAAGUGGCUGGGCUGGACCCUCAGCUCCUCAUCCUCCUCCUCCACAGCGGACAAAGGGCAGGAGCUGGGCUGAGAGCAGAGCAGCAGCCGAGAGACUGAUCUCAGCUGAGGCAGGGUGAGUGCU